GGCCGGGCUGGGCCGCUGCUGCGGAGGACGGUCGGUGAGGGUCCGGGUCUCCUGCAGGGGACGGUGGGGCUCCUGCCGCGGGGCUGGGGGACCCUGCCCACGGGACGCCUGGGAAAGAGGAAGGUCACACCUUGUGCUGGGGGAGCUGGAAUGCUGCGUGAGGGAGCAGAGCGGGUCUGUGCGUCUGCCGAGGGAGGCUCCCCCUCGUCCCCUGUACCUGACAGACCUGCUGAGGGAGCUGGAGAAGCUUCAGGCCCCCUGAGCAUGCGGGUGUUAUCCAGACAUGGAGGUGCUGCUUCCACCGCAGUCGUGUGCCCGUUCCCACCCGGCUCUCGGCUCGGCCUGGAGAUGCGCUUCAGCUUUGUCGAACAAUAAACCUUAAAUAAUUGCAGUGCUCACGAUCUCUGGUUGUUUAAAGAAUAAAACCCUGUAAAACACUGAGCUUCUUGUCUUGGCUGAAGAAGCAACACAUGCUCCCGUGCUUGCUGGAGAGCCUCCAGCUCCUGGCCCCCUCCUGCCUGGCUGGCCCAGUGGCCUGCAGAGAGGGAGGGAGCUCCUGCAGCCAGCAGCAUUCUGAAACCCUGGUAAUAAGCACAGAUGUGGGAGAUCCAGAUGUGCCAGGAAGCCUUUCACCUGAAGAACUGGCCACGACAAAGGCCAGGGAAAUGCAGGCAAUCCGUUGUGUUCUUUCCUGCCACUCAGUCUUUCCACGCAGGUUGGUUUGUGGAGCACAGAAACGAUGCUGUGGAAAGGAGCUGCUUAACCUCCCACGAUGCCCUUUUCUGACUUUGUCCUAGCCCUGAAGGACAACCCAUAUUUCGGAGCUGGGUUUGGCCUUGUCGGGGUGGGCACGGUCCUGGCAGUGGCUCGUAAAGGGGCCCAGUUUGGGCUGGUGGCUUUCAGGCGCCACUACAUGAUCACCUUGGAGGUGCCCAGCAAGGACAAGAGCUACCAGUGGCUGCUGAACUGGGUGUCCCACCAUGCCAAGCACACGCAGCACCUCAGUGUGGAGACAUCAUACCUGCAGCAUGAGAGUGGGCGUGUCAGCACCAAGUUUGACUUUGUCCCCAGCAUCGGGAAUCAUUUCAUCUGGUAUCGCAGGAAGUGGAUUCGCAUUGAGCGCAGCCGGGAGACGCAGGUGAUUGACCUGAACACAGGGACCCCCUGGGAGUCUGUCACCUUCACUGCGCUGGGCACUGACCGGGACAUCUUCUUCAACAUCCUCCAGGAAGCCCGGGAGCUGGCACUGCAGAAGCAGGAGGGGAAGACACUCAUGUACACGGCCGUGGGAGCAGAGUGGCGGCAGUUCGGCUUCCCCCGCCGCCGCCGGCCCCUCAGCUCCGUGGUGCUGGAGAAGGGCGUGUCGGAGAGGCUGGUUCAGGACGUGAAGGAGUUCAUCAGCAAUUCCAAGUGGUACAGUGACAGAGGAAUCCCCUACCGAAGAGGUUACCUGCUGUACGGUCCUCCUGGCUGUGGGAAAAGCAGCUUCAUCACAGCCCUGGCCGGGGAGCUGGAGUACAGUAUCUGCCUGCUGAGCCUUAGUGACCACAGCCUCUCUGACGACCGGCUCAAUCACCUCCUGAGUGUGGCACCACAGCAGAGCAUUAUCCUGCUGGAGGAUGUGGACGCUGCCUUCAUCAGCCGGGACCUGGCCGCUGAGAACCCUGCUGCGUACCAAGGCAUGGGGCGCUUGACCUUCAGCGGCCUCCUCAACGCGCUGGACGGCGUGGCAUCCACAGAGGCCAGGAUUGUCUUCAUGACCACCAACUAUGUGGACAGGCUGGACCCAGCCCUGGUGCGUCCUGGCCGUGUGGAUCUCAAGCAGUACGUGGGCCAUUGCUCCCACUGGCAGCUUUCCUGCAUGUUCCAGCGCUUCUAUCCUGAGCAGCCCGUGGCUGCAGCUGAGCGGUUUGCAGAGCAGGCACUGGCCGUCUCCAAACAGAUCAGCGCUGCCCAGGUGCAGGGCCACUUCAUGCUCUACAAGAUGGACCCUGAAGGAGCCAUUUCAAACAUAAGCUCUAUCCUGCUGUGACCUGGGGCCAGCAACACUGAGAGGACUGGGACAAAGAUGUGACCAUCCCAGAGAUGCCAUGAAGCUGCCCAGAUGCACAGGCCAGGUCUCUGUUCACCUUUACCCCUCCAAUGCCUUGUUUUGGAGAGUCAGAGCUACCAGCCUUGCAGCAGGGAGAGGGAAUCAGCUCUUGCUGCUCCCCAAAUUUGUGUGCUACUGCACCAGCCCUGCUCACCAGUGUGUGCCUCAUGUUGGGAUUUCUGUAAGCUGCUAACGCUCCUGGAUGUGAAUCCUCUUCCUUGUGGGUCAGCCUGGGGGUUUCCUUGGGGCAGGAUAUUGGGGUGCUACACUGCUAAAAGCUGCUGGUUUUUUAAAGGACAACGGUCUCACUGGUUUGUGAAUAUCCUCUGUGAAAUGCA